AUGUCAAGGCGUUCAGGACUGCAGAGAGAGGUCCUCUCUCUCUACCGCAGGGCUCUACGCAUGACGCAUACGAAGCCCGAUGCUUCACAGCACAAAUUCCUCCUUUAUGUCCGCUAUUCCUUCAAGACGCAGGCCACGGCGGUCGGGUCUCGAGACAUCUCUGCAAUCGAGCACUUGCUGCGACGGGGAAAGCGGCAAAUCGAGAUGUACGAGGACCCGAACGUCCGCGACUGCUGGGUCAGCAGUGAGAUGAUGGCGUGGGGGGAACAGAAUAGAGGAAGGACAGGAGGCGACAUCGGCUCGAAGACAUCGCCGUCGACGUAA